AUGUCAAAGCGGCAGCUGACUCUUCAGCCGUGUUGCCACACAGCCAAGCGGCGGCGGCCGCCGCCGUCGCAGCUGCAGCAGUUGCGACAGCAUGUCUAUCUCGUGGUGGAUGACUGGGAAAGUGGAUACAGCGUCCGCAAGAUAGACAUCGACGCCAUGUACUCUGACGCCGGCGCCGACCUGGAUGACGAUGACGAGGCGGAGCCCCUACCAGAUCCCCCUGUCGUGCGCUUCUACGGCCGCCACUGCCGCCUGUCGCACUUUGGCGCGUACGGCACGAGCAUACUCGCCAUUCUGGGCCCCAGCGAUGCCACCCGCCCCAUCCCCAUAUUCGACACAAAAACGCUGGGGGUCAAACUCUGCUCCCUUCCAGACGGCAGCAGUCCCAAGCCCUUGUUCGCGUCUGUAGGUGGCGAGCAUUACUUGAUGCUGGGAUCCUCCGUGUAUGUGCUCGACGCCCUGCCACCCCGCAGAACUGAGCAAGGCAAGCAGUGCUCUUGGACCAAAAGUCACAAAUUGGCUCCGUUCAUGUCCGGUGAAGUUGUGUCCUUUGCAGUGCACCCCAACGACCGGUUGCUUUUCGUCUCCAAAGCAGCCAGAACCUUCGUCCUGGACACCAAGUGCCUCGCCUGGAUGACCCCAGGCAACUGGGUAAUGCCUUUCAAAGGCCAGGCCUACUUUGAUGACAAGCUUGAUGCCUGGGUAGGGCUCUGCCGCCACAAUGGCGGAGUCGGCUACGUCUGCUCCUGCGAGGUGCCGCCAAUGGCUGAUUACACUUCAAUGUCGACCAUGCCAGCUUGGAAGCUCGGGGACCAGCUCUUCAAUGCAGACGAAAGGCACCUAGGGGCCACCCUUCUCUACCUGGGCGGCAUCAGUGACUACUGCCUGAUCGAGUCUCGCCUGCACAAGGAUCAGGAGCCUUUCGGACCCUGUGAUGGGCCGCGCCGCCGUGUGCUGCACUUCACCAAGUUUAGUCUCAAGUAUGAUAAAAAUGGAGAGCUCAGGACGACGCGGCGAACGGCGCGCUCCUACCAGAUGACUGAAGGACAUGAAUUAAAUGAGAUAUUCUUCACUCCUGUGGCUUUCUGGAUGUAG